CUAUCCGCUUAUAAUAAUAAUAAAAUCUACAGUGGCUUAUCAUAAAUAAAUUAAAAUUAUAACUUAUAAUUCCCAAGAAAACAAUUGCCUUACCUUGAAAAAGAAAAACUAAAAGGGAAAUGGAAAGGAAGGAAAAGAAAAAUCAAUGGACCACAUUGCUAGUUAACAAAAGGAAAACAAGAUCAUCAUUAUAAUAGCAUUUGAUACUAAUCACAAGUUUGAAUUCAUGAUUUUCAUAAUUUCAUAAAUUGAUAUGUUGUCUGUUAAACACUUUAAUCCCCAUGAACUAAUCUGAACCCUAAUCCAUAUAUGACACAAAUCCCUCAAAACCAAACCAAAAACCACAGGUGGAAACUUCUUUUUAUUUUUAGAAAAAAUAAAAUUAUUUAAUGAACAGAGCCCAGCUCCACCAUGAAAGCCCACAAAGGACAACAUUUUUUGUCGCUAACGGUUGACCAACCUGACUCUUACUCGCUUUUAUGGCGCGUGCGGGAACGCUCCCAGUUCCUCUUUUUGGCAUCCUUACCUCUCUCUCUCUUUGGAAACUACUACUGUCACUGCCACCCUUCUUGUCUUCUCCAGCAAAAAAAAAAAAAAAGGAAAACUGAGUUUUAGAGAGAGAGAGAGGAAGAUAGUGCCUUUUCAGAGAGAGAAAAAGAUUGUGAUAUUAAAUACUAAAAACCCAAUUCAUUUCUAUACUUUCUUCUUCCUUUGGUCCUAUUUAAGUGAUUACUCAAAAAGAAAAGGCCUUGUUAAACCAAAAAAGAGAAAAAGAAAAAGAAAAGGAAAAGGAAAGGCCUUGCUUUUAUAUCAAUAGGGUUUUCUUUAUUUUUGUGCUUUUUUUUUAGUUUCUUUUGUUUUAUUGAAGAACAGCAUUCUGGAAGUGUUUGUUUAAAAUAUUCAUAUAUGGUGAAGUUGAACCCUCUUGAAGAAGAAUCAGGUUAGGUAAGUUUUCAAAGUUUCAAGCUUUUGUUGUUUUUAUGCAUGUCAGCUAUUAUUGCUCAGUGACUUUGGGUUCCGUUUGAUGUAUAUAUAUUGCAAAGAAUUAGAAAAAGAAAAGAUUGAAAAGGAAAUGGUACUUGUAGAAGUAGUAAAACGCAACCAGUUACUGCUAUUAUUAAUAUUCGAAUUCAAGUAGAUGAGAAAGGAGUUCUUAGUAUGGAGCACAAAAGUGUUGCUUUUGUUGCAACGUUGAUCUGAAAAAUGAGUUGGGUUGUGUUUGAUUUUUGAGCUAAAAAGAGAAUAUUCUACUUCUUCUGGUUGGCAUAUGAUCUGUGUGAUAUAUCAGAGAGCAAAGAGAAUAGGUGGUUAAUGGAGCAUAAACAUUUGAAGAUGUCAUGGAUUCAAUAUCAAAUCAAGCAAAAAGAUGGUUACUUGGCAUAUCCACCACCUCUUUCUCCUUCUCCUAAUCUAUUAUCUCCUCCAUAUACUACUACUUUCCACAAAGAAUCGACACCAUCAUCUUCGUCAUCACCAUCAUCUUCUGGUACAAGAAUUAGCCCUGCUGUUCUUUUUAUUAUAGUGAUUCUUGCUGUACUAUUUUUCAUAUCCGGUUUACUUCACUUGCUUGUUAGAUUCCUUAUAAAACACCCAUCUUCCUCAGCUUCCUCUCAAUCUAAUAAUAGAUAUCCUGAAAUCUCUGGCCCUGAUGCUCUUCAAAGACAACUACAGCAGCUUUUUCAUCUCCAUGAUUCUGGUUUGGAUCAAGCUUUUAUAGAUGCUCUUCCUGUUUUUCAAUAUAGAGAGAUUGUAGGUCUAAAAGAGCCUUUUGAUUGUGCUGUCUGUUUAUGUGAGUUUACUGAGAAAGAUAAGCUGAGAUUGCUCCCUGUCUGUAGUCAUGCUUUUCAUAUUAAUUGCAUAGAUACUUGGCUGUUGUCAAACUCUACAUGCCCUCUUUGUAGGGGGACCCUUUUUACUCCUGGGUUUUCCAUUGAAAAUCCAAUGUUCGAUUUUGAUGAUUUAAGAGAAAAUGAUGGUUAUCCUGGUAGUGGAGAAAAUGGGUUUCCUGCUAGUCAAAAAAUUAUGGAAAUUGAAGAACCUGCUGUUAUUGAAAAGGGGGUUUUGCCUGUUAGACUUGGUAAAUUCAGGAGGCUAACUGAUGGAACGGGGGAGGCAGGAGGAGAGACUAGUAGCAGUAAUUUAGAUGCAAGAAGAUGUUUCUCAAUGGGUUCAUAUCAAUAUGUGCUCGGUGAUUCAGACCUCCGAGUGGCCUUAUGCACCGACCGUCAUGCCCGCUCUGUUAAGCCAGAAAAGGGGAAUGAUCAGAAUGGAAGUGUUUUAGUUGAUGGAGACUUGGAGGGAAAGAAGAUUAGCAGAGUGACCAAACGUGAGAGCUUCUCUGUGUCUAAGAUUUGGCUUUGGUCUAAAAAGGGAAAAUUUUCGAGCUCCACCGAUGCUCAGAUGGGUAUGCCUUCUUCACUUAGCUUAGAUUUGCCAUGGAUGGAUGAACACAAGAAAAAUGAAGGUAUCUUUAUCUUUAAUCCAUUGAUCAAAGCUUCAUUCAUUUUUCUUUCUGAAAUUUUUUUGGGGAUGCUAAUUCUGAUAUUGUGAUGAUUAGCUGUGGUAUAUUGUUGAUGUAAUGCUUGUGCCUCGAACUUUCAUUGAUUAAAAUCAAGUUUCAGGCACCUUUUUCUUGUUACAAAGAUUGACCAAAUAGGGUACGUCUAGGAUGGUUCUUUUAUAAUUGAAUGAAAUAUCAUGAUGUCCUAUGCUCAGCAAAAGAACACAUGUCCUUGAUUAUUUAUUGAGCUUUUGAAAAGUCUUGACUA